AUGACGCAAAGGAAUACGUCACCCACCAUACAAAAUGGACAAAAUCGAUCCUCUAAAAAAACUUCAACAACUCUUCCAGACGUACAGACACUAUCAGCUCUCACUACCGAGCCUUUCGUUGACACUCACACUCAUUUACACUAUACUCUCGAACGUCUUCCUAAUACAUUCGGUGUAGAAACUUUUCAGAUUCUCAAAGAACGUUAUUGCCCUCCUAAUCUGGAAGCUUGCAUUAACGUGCUAUGCGAUCCUUUGUCAUUCAGUAGCGAUGAAGUAUUUCCUGGAACGUACAUGGAUUGGAAAGUUAUGGCAGAAACACCAUUUAUGUAUCUUUCUGCCGGUGUUCAUCCGCAUAACGCAAAAGAUUAUAAUGAUUACAUCGAGGCUCAAAUGUGUAAAAUUCUUCAGCAUCCUAAAACUGUGGCAUUAGGUGAAAUCGGACUUGAUUAUCAUUAUGAUAACUCGCCGAGAGAUAUGCAAAGGCAGGUUUUCAUACGACAAAUAGAGCAGGCAAAAAAACUACAAAAGCCUCUUGUGAUUCACACCCGUGAAGCUGAAGAAGAUACAUGGGACAUUUUAACUAAACAUGUUCCUAAAGAUUGGAAGAUUCAUGUGCAUUGUUUCACAGAUUCCCCUGAUUUUGCAAAAAAGUUAUUGGACUAUUUUCCAAAUCUUUAUAUUGGCAUCACAGGUGUUGUUACUUAUGGAUCCGCUAAAAAUACACAAGAAAUAGUAAGAUCUGUCGUUCCCUUGAAUCGAAUACUACUCGAAACAGAUGCUCCAUAUAUGACGCCAGCCAAGCUCAAUAGAAACAAGAGAACAAACGAGAGGGUUACUGUAUCUCAUUCAGGUAUGAUUCCUUUUGUAGCGCAAAAAAUUGCUGAAAUUACUCAAAAAGAAAUUGACGUAAUUAUGAGAGCAGCGAGAGAUAAUACAAGAAGCAUGUAUGGCAUAUAA